AUGGCAGCAGCAGAUCCUUACAUGAAAAUUAAAAUUGAUCCUCAGAAUCUACAGAUUCAGACGCAUACCGUGGAGAAGUUGCUGGAACCCCUCAUAAUUCAGGUGACCACAUUAAUGAAUUGCCCUCAGAAUCCUUCUGGCAAGAGAAAAGGAUGCUCCAAAAGAGCUCGCGUAAUUCUUGCUUCUGUGGAAGAAGCUACUUGGAACUUGCUGGAUAAAGGGGAGAAAAUUGCCAAAGAGGCUCCUGUCCUUAUGGAAGAACUGAAUGCUGCUCUCCACGAGGUUCGCAAAGAAAGUGAAGCUUUGAAGAUAACAGCAAAAAAAUUCACUGAUGAUCCUUGCAGUUUAUCUAAAAGAGAGGCUGUUGUUCAAAUUGCACGUGCUCUUCUGUCUGCUGUUACCAGACUUCUUAUUCUGGCAGAUAUGAUUGAUGUUUCAUACCUGCUGCAACAUCUGACUACAGUACAGAGAAUGCUUAUGUCUCUUCGAAAUGUAUCUAGCAAAUCAGAACUGCAGAAAACAUAUCAACAUCUUCAGAAAGAACUGAAGAAACUGGACCAUUUGGCAUUUAAGCGACAACAGGACUUAAAAUCUAACAGUCACCGAGAUGAGAUUGCAGCAGCACGGGCUUCUCUGAAGGAGUCUUCACCUCUUCUGCAUUCAGUUUGCUCUGCUUGCUUGGAACACUCUGAUGUCGCCUCUCUCACGGCCAGCAAGGACUCUGUUUGUCAGGAAAUACAAAAUGCUCUUGAUGUCAUCUCCAAGGCCUCUCAAGGAAUUGAACAUCCAAAAGUCCAACAGGUGCCACAGUCAGCCUCUCUCGGAAGUGCUCUCGAUGAACUUGCGAGUUUGGUUGCCUUGGAUUCUAUCACUGUAAGUGAAGAGCAAAUAAGGCCAUCCCUUGAAAAACGUUUGGAGGGAAUUAUCAGUGGGGCUGCUUUAUUAGCAGAUUCCUCCUGCACUCGUGAUCUUCACCGUGAGCGCAUCAUCACUGAGUGUAAUGCCAUCCGCCAAGCUCUUCAAGACCUUCUUUCAGAGUACAUGAAUAACGCUGACAAGAAGGAAAGAGGGAAUGCCUUGAAUGCAGCAAUAGAUAAUAUGUGCAAGAAAACAAGAGAUCUCCGCAGACAGCUUCGCAAAGCAAUAAUUGAUCAUAUCUCGGACUCCUUCAUGGACACGACUGUGCCACUUCUAGUGCUCACGGAAGCUGCUAAAAGUGGGCAUGAAAAAGAAAUCAAAGAAUAUGCUGCAAUAUUUACUGAGCAUGCCCAGAGACUUAUUGAGGUGGCUAAUCUUGCUUGCUCGGUAUCCACAAAUGAAGAAGGAAUUAACAUUGUCCAAACAGCAGCCAAUCACUUGGAGACCUUAUGCCCUCAGGUUGUCAAUGCCGCCGUAGCUCUUGCAGCCAAGCCCAAAAGCCAGGUGGUAAAAAGCAACAUGGAAAUGUAUAAAGCCACCUGGGAGAAUCACAUACGUGUACUCACAGAAGCUGUGGAUGACAUUACAAGCAUUGAUGACUUUCUUGGAGUAUCAGAAAGUCAUAUUCUGGAGGACGUAAACAAGUGCAUUAUUGCCCUAAGAGAGCAGAAUGCUGAUGAGCUGGACCGUGCAGCUGGUGCCAUCCGUGGGAGGGCAGCAAGAGUGGUGGACAUUGUCUCUGGUGAGAUGGAUAAUUAUGAGACAGGAGCCUACACUGAAGGAGUAAUGAGAAAUGUGCGCUAUCUCUCAAAUGCUGUGAUUCCAGAAUUUAUCACUCAAGUCAACACUGCACUGGAAAACCUAAGCAGGAAUAUGAUUCAUCUGUUUGAUGAUAAUCAAUUUGUUGACAUCUCUAAGAAGAUUUACGACACAGUUCAUGACAUUAGAUGUUCAGUUAUGAUGAUUCGGAGCCCAGAGGAGUUAGAAGAUGUAUCUGACCUUGAAGAAGACCAUGAUGCUCACAGUCGCACCAGUAUUCAGACAGAAGGAAAAACUGAUAGGGCAAAGAUGACUCAGUUGCCAGAGGCGGAGAAAGAAAAGAUAGCUGAACAAGUGGCUGAUUUUAAGAAAGUCAAGAGUGAGCUUGAUAAGGAGAUUGAAAUAUGGGAUGACACCAGCAAUGACAUCAUCGUUCUCGCUAAAAGGAUGUGUGUGAUUAUGAUGGAGAUGACAGACUUUACAAGGGGCAGAGGACCACUGAAGAAUACAUCAGAUGUGAUUAAUGCAGCUAAAAUGAUCUCAGAGUCAGGAUCUAGGAUGGAUGUUCUUGCAAGACUCAUUUCUAAUCAGUGUCCAGACUGGUCAUGUAAGCAAGACUUACUUGCUUACCUGGAACAAAUCAAGCUCUACUCCCACCAACUCAAAAUCUGCAGCCAAGUCAAAGCUGAAAUCCAGAACUUAGGCGGAGAGCUCAUCAUGUCAGCAUUAGACAGUGUGACUUCGCUGAUUCAAGCAGCCAAAAACCUGAUGAAUGCUGUGGUGCAGACAGUGAAAAUGUCCUACAUUGCCUCCACAAAGAUUAUCCGAAUUCAAAGUCCUGCUGGCCCGCGACAUGCUGUGGUGAUGUGGCGGAUGAAGGCUCCCGAAAAGAAACCUUUGAUUAAGAAAGAGAAGCCCGAAGAAACCUAUGCAGCUGUCAGGAAAGGUUCGGCUAAAAAGAAGAUCCACCCCAUUCAAAUUAUGAGUGAAUUCAGAGGGAGAGAAAUACCCUGA